AAAUUGCAUGACGUCCUACCACGACAGUCACUCGUUGACGACUGAAUUUCCCGCAGCACUGAUUGGACAAGCAAUGUCAUGUGAUCAUCUGCAGCCAAUGAUAGCCAAGCGGGGGUGUCACAACUAAUUGACACGUUGAGUCGGGUGUGACUAAUCUCCAUGGCAGAGGCUCCGUCGAACCCCUGAGACUGAUUCACCGAACUCCUGGGGUUCGAUCGAACCCAAGUUAAGAACCACUGGUCUAGAUCAUGAAUAUAUCAGAGUCGUGACACGCGCCCACUGCGCCUCGCCAGAUGAAGCGCCGACUUCCUGUGCGUGUGUUUUGCCAUCAGAUAAAACAAUCUUGGCUGUUUUACCCUGAGGAUUGACGGCUGCCGGAACAAUGGCGGCCGCGGCCUACUUUUGAAACCCACGGGAUGUGCAAAUGCAAUUGGAGAGGCGUCCAUAUGCGAUCCGUUCAUUGGGAGCGGAGCCCCCGAGGAGGGGCGCUGGCAGCGGGCCACGUGGGAGAGAGCGUUGGGGGAGGGAGGGAGGGACACGCUCCCUCCAUCCAGACGCAGACGCACGCCGGUGAGACGUUCGGCACCUCCACCUGCAACAAAGAGCGUCCUCCUCCCCUUUUUCCUCCUCCUCCUCGCCCCCUGAGCAGCACGCUCCUCAUCUUCACCAGACCGGAGGAACAACUUACGACGAGCUCCUCCGCGUGUGAUCUGUUGAACUUCUUUGACAGCCUCGUUCGACAGACGGAGGCUAUGAUGAGCGUGCGGGUGCCAGGCCCGGCCGUACAAACGCUCCAUGCACGACAAUGUCACCGAUUCCUGCUUGGAUGUUCCACAUCGUAGGCGGGCGAGCCCUUCUGAAAUAAAAUCUCCACGGCGAUGUCAGAGUUUCUUUCAAGCAAAACCCGAAAAGGACGGCAUCACUAAAUCCAGACCUUUUGCUACUCUGAAAGCGAACGGCGCCGUGUUUGGCGGCGAUGAAUUGUAAAAUCAGUUGAAAGGAGGAUCGCUUUGAGCCGGGAGGACCUGCGAGCGAUGAACCCCUUCGGGGACUCGUCGGGGCCCGGCACAUCUCCGAAAGGCUUGGCGGCGGCGGCGCGGGCUUUGCUCUUUGGAAUACUUUUGGCAAGCGCCUCAGCCUGUCCCACCGGCUGCCACUGCACGGAAAAGAGCGGCACGACGGCGGUACAGUGCACGUCCGGGAACUUGGAGAGCAUCCCGUCGGACCUCCCGAGAGACACCGUCGCUCUCCUGUUGGCCUCCAACCGCAUCACCAAGAUCCCAAACUACGCCUUCCGACAGCUCGGCCGCCUCCAGGAGUUGGACCUGUCCGACAACAACAUCGAGACGGUGGAGGCGGCGGCAUUCCACGGCCUGGCCGACAGCCUGCGGGCGCUGGACCUGGCCAACAAUCGCAUCCAAAGCGUCCCCAAGGAGGCCUUCGCUCACCUCCGAGCCAAAAUCAACCUCUCCAACAACCCCUGGCACUGCGAGUGCGUCCUGCAGGAGGUUCUGCGGGAGCUGCGGCUGGACCCGCAGUCGGUGAAGGACGUGGUGUGCCGCACGGCCGUGCAGGAGGAAUACGCCGGCAGGUCGCUCAUCCAAGUCCUGGACUCGGGGAUCAACUUCUGCAACUUUCACCACAAGACCACCGACGUGGCCAUGUUCGUCACCAUGUUCGGCUGGUUCGGCAUGGUGAUCGCCUACGUCGUCUACUACGUCAGGCACAACCGGGAGGACGCCAGGCGCCACCUGGAGUACCUCAAAUCUUUGCCGGGCGGAGCUCGCAUGGCAAAAGAUUUGGACACCGUCAGUACUGUUCUCUAGCAAGACGCUUGGAUUGGGUGUCGAGUCAUCGUGACAGAAACAUUUCUGAACCUAUUGAAGGCUUUUUAAUUAUUAAAUGGUCAUCUGGUGUGGAUUGUCUUCGCAAAUGACCAUUGACAGGGGGUCCUCGGUUUCGGUCAGAGUUCCGUUUUUUGGGCCAAGGACACAGAAAUCAGGAAGGGGGCAAGCACGCACGACUUCACAGCACGCUAUUUGGCGGAGAUGUAAAUAAUCCGCCCAGAAUCCUCACAACCACCAUCGAGUGGACGUCGUAGGCCACGAACGUCGUUCGCGCAAAUCUUCCGAAAUUGACCCUCGUCCGACAUCUGCGUCCCAUUGGGGCUCGUUCAGAUCAACUCAAUAAACUGCCCCACUUCCUGUUCCACACUGUGCAUCUUGUUACGAUCGCCAUGAAGACCAAAUGUCAUGUUUAUUGGACAAAAUGGUGAUUUCGAAUUUGAUUGUUUUUUUCAAUGGGGUCAUGUUCAGCAUUAAUUGAUUAUUGACACAUUCAGCAAAGAUUGCAGAGUGCAAAGACUCAAUGAUGCCAGUGUGUGUGUGUGUGUGUGUGUGUGCGUGCG